AUGCCGCAAGAUGACGAUGAACUUCCCCCAAGCAAUGCCACCAACUCAUCUGACAUGUUCGGCUCUGAUGAUCCUUCCUUCAUCGAAGCACUAGCCACUGCUACCUUGCCCGGCGACAUCCCACAUGUACACUCUGGAGAUGUGAAUCUCAAGUACGAAGCUGAUCCUUCGACCUCUGGACUUCUUCAUGGCUUGAUUCAGGCUCAAGUUCCUCCACCCAGCACGCAGCCUAGGAAACGUCGUCUCUCUGACUCUUCCCAACCUGACGACUUACCACCUACUUCCCAUCGUGCCCCUAGAGAUUUGACUAGUGGGGAUGGCUCUUCAUACAUGGACGACACGAACACCUACGGAGCUUCCCAUUUCGGCGAUUUUGGCGAAUACAUGUCGCGGAAGCGAGCGAAGCUGCAAUUGCAGAACGUCGAGCUUGACGAUGAAGAUGACGAUGAGGCGAGUCGGGAGAUUAGGAGGCGGCACGUUUUUAAGGGUUUGGCUAUUUAUAUAAACGGAUGGACAGAGCCCUCCGUACAAGACCUGCGAAAACUGAUCAUCAAACAUGGUGGCGAAUACCACGCCUAUUUGGGUCGUAAAUCCCUUGUAACACAUAUCAUAACCUGCACCCUAACCCCCGCCAAAAUCAAAGAAUUCAAGCACAUGAAAGUCGUAAGACCUGAAUGGCUCGUCCGUAGCGCGCAAAUCGGGACUUUACUCCCUUGGGGAGACUUCAUAUAUAAGCCCGAAGAGAGGAUGGAGGCUUCGCAGGGACGGGUGACCGCGCAGAAGUCUUUGAUUGGUUUUGCGGGUGGGUCUCAGGCCCCGUCUGGGAGUGGUUCGUACUCGAAAGCGGGACCCGUGCCACGCUUUAGGGGGGAUUCUGGUGACUCGUCUGGCUCUGUGAAAACCGAUCGGCAUAGGACUACUUCUACAUCAGAUCACACAAGUGUGAGUCAAACGGCGACUAUCCCUCCAUCACAACAACAUUGGUCACCUCGAACGCCCUCCAAAUCCAAAACCCAACCCUUAUCCCUACUCUCCCCAACCCGCCACACUCCCACCUUGCCGACAUCACCACACUCACGCUCUCCUCAUAAACAUUCCCCACCAACCGACCCCCACAUCCCCUAUUCGACCGACCCCCUCACCCCAACCCACGCCUCCAAACUCCCCUCCUACGCCGCCCACGCAUCUAACACCGCCGCCUCGCGCGCAAUGUCCGACCCCGCCUGGCGCGCGGCCCACACGUCCGUCUCGAAGGAUUUCAUAGGCGGGUAUUAUAAGCAUUCGAGGUUGCAUCAUUUGUCGAGCUGGAAGGCGGAGUUGAAGGAGCUUGUGGGGCAGGCGCAGGAGAGGGCGGAGAGGGUCGGGGUGGGGAUUGGGAUAGGUGGUCGGGAAGAAAACGGCCGAGGAGAUUUGGGCGUAGGGGAGAAGAAGGAGGGAAGGCAGCGGGAUGUGAGCAUGAGGGGUGCGGAGCUCGUACUGAAGAAUACAUUGAAGGGAAAGGGAAAAGCGAAGAGUAAGGCGGGCGAAGACGAGGAACGGGUGAUCAUGCACUGCGAUUUCGAUGCGUUCUUCGUGUCGGCGGGGUUAGUGGACCGUCCGGAGAUGAAAGGGAAACCGGUCGUGGUUUGUCAUUCGCAGGGUGCACAGGGUGGACAGGGCAGUACGAGCGAGAUCGCCAGUGCGAGUUAUGAGGCGAGGAAGUUUGGGAUAAAGAAUGGGAUGAGCUUGCAGCAGGCUCGGAAACUCUGUCCGGGUAUUCAAACAAUACCAUACGAGUUCGAGAGAUACAAGGAACUGUCGCUCAAAUUCUACACUAUUCUCAUGGCCCAUGCUGAUGACCUUCAGGCCGUCUCGGUUGACGAAGCCCUUAUUGACGUCACCUCUACCGUAUCACAAAUGAAGGUCAUACCUCUGGACGGAGAGGACACACUGGACGAUGAGCCUCUCUCGGACCAUUCAGAUCCUGCUAAGCAAUUAGCUGAGGUCAUUCGUGCUCAGGUUCGGGAUGCCACACGAUGCGAAGUCAGUAUAGGCAUCUCUCACAACAUCAUGAUGGCGCGUCUCGCCACCCGCCGAGCCAAACCAGCAGGCUCAUACCAUCUCCUCCCCGAAGCCAUCCUGGACCUCCUCUCCACCCUGGACAUCCAGGACUUACAUGGAUUCGGUUGGUCGACGAAAGAUAAGGCUCAGGAGAAGCUCGGAGCGACGAACUUGGGCGAGCUGGCGAAGAGAAGCAAGGCCUUGCUAUGUGAUGCGUUAGGCGAGGGGACGGGAGAGAGGCUCUAUAAGGCGAUUAGGGGAGUUGAUGAUAGGAAGCUGGAGAGCGACAAGCCGAGGAAGAGCGUUUCGUGUGAGAUCAACUACGGGAUACGGUUCGAAAGCCAAGAACAGGCAGAGGCAUUCGUGUACCAGAUGGCUGAGGAGGUCAAGAGAAGGUUGGAUAAUGCAGGAGUCAAAGGGAAAUCUAUUACGAUGAAAGUCAUGAAACGUGAUCCCUCUGCUCCAGUUGAGCCUCCCAAGUUCAUGGGCCAUGGCAUGUGCCUGACGUUCAACAAACAGUCCCCUCUCGCUGGCGCAAAUGGUCGAGCUACAUCGAACGACGAGGUGAUCGGCGCUCAAGCAUGGAAACUGCUCAAAUCGUUCAAUAUUCCGCCACACGAACUCCGGGGUCUCGGUAUACAGAUUCAGAAACUUGAACCCAAUAACGCCACAGCAGCGCCUGAACCAGGUCAAGCUCGUCUUCCUUUCAGACCUAAGGAGGUUCCUCCAGUGCAGAACGCAGAAGACAUAGAGGAUGAUGUCCCUGACAUCACGAUUCAGCCAGCCUCGUCGCAGCCACAACCCGCCGAGGAAGAUAAAUCGAAUCUCAGUCGUCCUCCAGAGCCAGAUCUGCCCUCUUUCUCCCAGGUCGACAUGUCCGUCUUCGAUGCUCUGCCCACUCAAAUCAGGGGAGAGCUCGAGGCCGAAUAUAAGCGACGUUCCAUCUCUCCCUUAAUCACCGAUCCAGAGCCCCAUUUCGAUGCAGGCCCGUUCAACAAACCCGUCAGCACCAGCGCCACCGUCGCAAACCUCAGUCGUAUCACUCGUCAGCUCGCCCCUCGUGCGCCAGGGACGACCAAACCCAUCCUUUCUCCCACUAAGAGCCGACUCUUCGGUAUCCCGACAGUACCGCGCGCAGGGCCAUCCGGAGUACGUGUCAAACCCGAGGAACUCAAGCAGUUAGGCUUCGACCCAGAUGUCUUUGCCUCUCUGCCCAUCGAUAUACAGAGAGAGGAACUAGCGAAUGCGAGGGCACUGAAGAACGGUUUGUUGAGGCCUGUGAAACCUGUUAAGCCGUUAAAGGCGCAGAAGGUGGUGCCGAAGAUUUGGAGGUCGCCGACGACGCAUCCGCCGAGGAGGCCGCCCCCGAAGGCCAAGUUCGAUGAGCAUCCGAUGUUGAUGACGCAGAGGAGUGCCGCAGACGAAGGUGGAGAUGGCAAGGCGCGGGUGUGGGAGGCUGAAGACGUACAGGCGUUGGUAGGGGACUGGGUGAGGGAGUUUGAGGACUACGCGCCACAUAACAGGGAUGUGGAUAAUAUCGCGAAGUUCUUGUUGAGAUGCGUUGAGAGCGGGGGCGCUACAGGGUUAGAGAGAGCUGUGGAUGUGAUGAGGUGGUGGGCGGUGCAAGUGAGGCGACGGUGGGCUGCCUCAGAGAAUGUUGAGGUCGACGAAGACGAGGAUCUGUAUGGAUAUCCGGAUGAAUUGAGUGUGGAGGAGAUGAAUGGUAGAGCGUGGUGGUCGGCGUACCGCCAGGUGAAGGAUAUUCUAGAUCAUGCCGUCCGAAAGAGAUUUGGUGGUUCUCUCUCGCUGAAGUGA